GGCCAGCGGCGCCGUAGACGUGCGGCACGCUGGCUCGCUCCCUCCCUUCCUCCGGACCUAUCAAGUGAUGCUGUUUGGAAAAAUUUCCCAGCAGUUGUGUGGCUUAAAGAAACCCCCACGGUCAUGUGACUACAGAAACUUUUGGGGCUGGUUGAAUGCAGUGUUUAAUAAAGUAGAUUAUGAACGCAUCAAGGAUGUGGGACCCAAUAGGGCAGCAUCUGAGUGGCUGCUACGCUGUGGGGCCACGGUGCGCUACCAUGGCCAGGAGAGGUGGCAGAAGGACUACAACCACCUCCCAACAGGACCUCUGGACAAAUACAAGAUCCAGGCAAUUGAUGCCACUGAGUCCUGUAUCAUGAGAAUUGGAUUUGAUUAUCUGGAGGGCCUACAGCACGUUGAAAAAAUAAGACUAUGCAAGUGUCAUUAUAUUGAGGAUGACUGUUUGGAGAGACUUGGUAAACUGGAAAAUUUACAAAAAAGCAUACUGGAAAUGGAAAUAAUUUCAUGUGGGAACAUCACAGACAAAGGAAUCAUUGCUUUAUAUCACUUAAGAAACCUCAAGUAUUUGUUGUUAAGUGAUCUUCCUGGAGUAAGAGAAAAAGAAAAUCUUAUCCAAACUUUUAAGACAGCACUGCCUUCUCUGGAACUAAAAUUAGACUUGAAGUAAAAUAAUAAUAUUCAAUAAGUGUCUUCUUUCAAUAUAAAGUAUCAUUUAAAAUUGUUGAUCCUAAAUAGCAGUAAAUAUUACAUAAUCAUCAACAGACCUUAAGGAUGUUGUAUCAUGAUAUUUCAGAAGCAGAGAGUCCAUCAUGUAGAAAAUUAAUAUUCAGACACUGAAGUGACUCACUGAAGUUACUAAGUUGGAAGUAAAAAUCUAUGCACAUUAAGUCAUUUUAAGAAAAAUGGAAAGCAGGUAGCAGUUUAAUUCUGAUAUAUACCUCAUUUUAUAUAAAUAUCUAUGUAGAUAACUUUUGUUGUAGAUGACGACAGAGUUCCUUAAACUGAUUUAGG